AUGUCUACUUCUGUAAAUCAAGACAAGCAGAAUCCAAAUGAUCUCCCUGUGACUGCGAUUCCUGUCACUCCUGAUGUCCGCGUUUCUGGCACUCCCGUGCCACCACCACCUAAGAAGACCAAUGCGUUCGGCUAUCCUAUUCCAGCACCUCAGAUAUUUCACCCUGCGGCGGCGACGGCAACGCACUUUUUUAUCAGCGACAAGCAGUGGGACGAGAUUUUAAAGCAUGGUGAAUUUGACGACAUUAUCGUUGGAAGUGGAUUUUGCGCACUGGCGUAUGUUACCGAGGCACUGGAAAGGGAUCCGUAUAGAAAAAUUCUAAUUCUUGAGCGUGGAGGCUUCUGGCUGGCGGAUCACUAUCAGAAUUUACCACUCCCGUAUAGAGUCAUUUUGGGCGAGUCGACUGUUUCAUUUCCGUGGCAAUUAUCUUCAAAGACCUAUCAAUCCGAGCUAAAGUUGGUGGCCGGCUUCACACCGUUCUUCGGGGGGAGGUCGCCAUUCUGGUCUGGAUGGUGCCCCGAGCCCACAAGGAAUUAUAUGAGGGGUUGGCCCGAGUCGAUGCUCAAGACUACCGAGGAACCCAUAUUUUGGGAGAAAGCCAGACGUUUGCUCCAUGUUACGCGUGCAGACAAAAUACAGGACGGCGUCUUUUCCACUCUUCAAACAAAAAUUGAUCACAUACUUCAGAAAAACAUAUCCCAAAUUCUUUCAUCUCGAAGCGCUGAGCCGGCUCCUUUGGCAGUCGGUAGGAGGACACCGACUUCCAGGCUCCUGUUCAACAAAUUCGCUGUUCAAGGCCCACUUCUUACCCUUCAUAAUAAGCAAAAUCAGCUGGCAAACACAGGCAAGGGCAGUCCACUUCUUAUCGCUACAGAUGUCACCGUCGAACGCUUCUUCGCCGAUGAGGAAAACAACAACGCGGUCAAGGUCCUGAAGACUUCUCGAGGAAAUCUAUGCUUCCCUAAAGGUAAAACGAACAUCAUCCUCGCAAACAGCGCUAUACCAGCGGCUACGGUCAUCUUGAACUCUUUGGAAUCGAUGAAAGCUCGAGCAGGUCAUCGCUUAAGCGGCCAGAUCCUAGGCCAAACCAUUGCGCGUUUCCCAAUUGAUCAAGAACGUUUCCCGGACCUCGGACGCUGCACCAAGGGAGAUGCUUGCGACGGCGAUUGUGGCUAUAACUUGCAGAUGACUGCAAACUACAUCGCUGGAAUGGACGAUGCAACACAGCUUCAGUAUCACAUUCAGGUAUCCGCCAUCUAUUCUCCUCAUCCAAAAUGGGAUAUCGUAGACGCUGCGCGGGAGAGCACAGAUUAUGCUGCAUCUGUUACACCAGAGCAGCUAGAAGGUUCCGAAGACCAUCUCAUUCUUGGUAAGGUUUGCACGAGCUUGGGCGAAUAUAACGAACAGAAUCCGGAGGCAUGGGUGAAAUACAACCCGCAGGACAGAAAUCCAAUUACUAACGUCAAGGUCCAAGCCACGAUGGAUCCCAAGACGAAAUCUCUGCAGAAAGUCAUGGAUCAAGCAACUUUCGACGCAAUCGCUGUUAUGGCGGGUCCGCAAUCUCGAGAGCUUGAGUAUUGGCAUCACGAAGGUGGAUGGAGUAAUGUCAAACCCACUCCAGAAGAGGUCUGCAUGCCUGGGCUUAUUCACGACGCCUCGACGUUGUAUAUGGGACCUGAGUCGGAUCCUCACGCCGCUAUUGACCAAAACUACGCGGUCUAUGGCUGCAAGAAUGUUUAUGUAACUGGUGCCGCCAUUUUCCCUUCUGCUGGUAUGUUACACGGCUCCAUGGUGAAGGGUGAGACUGACGCCACUUUAAGGAUCGUGGAAUCCAACCUAUACCAUGGUUGCAUUUGCCCAAGAUCUCGCAAGAAAAAUUGUCCCAGUUUCAACGAGGUAGCGGCAGUGACCUGGUAA